UGACCGUUUAUCUAUCAAUCAAUAUGGAUGGUUUUGAUAUAAUUCAUUGGAUUUCUCACGGAGAUUUAUGAAAAUUUAUUAAUUUAUUCUUUUCGUUGUAAAAAUUUAUUAGGACAACCAACGCGAAGCACAAGUUUCAGAAAGCUGUACAGUAUUUUGUAACCUGACGUGUCAUGCAUUUUUGUCCGAUAUAAAAAAAAGUAUAAUCUCGGAUGAUUUAUGAGUUAUUAUCCAGCAUGGGAUAACAUUAUCUGUCACAUGUACAAUUUAGUAUUUUACUAAGAGAGAAAAUGACAUCUGCAGAGCAAAGUGUUCUAAAUUCUCUAUUGCUGGCUCAUAAUAGUUUGCCAUUUAUUUCGAAAGGUUUUCAUAGUACCUAUUUUGUUUGUUUACAUUCCAUCUGAUCCUCUGAAAUGUUUCCUAAGUAAAAAGGAGCUUAUCAUGUAGUUGUAGGACAAUCCUGCUACAAAGGAUGUGCUGAAGCAUGUAAAAUCUGUAAUUAUUUCAACAUGUCUCAAAAAUAUAAGAGUUUUUCUAGAACUAGUGAUCGUUCUGUAGAUAGUGGCUUACCACCAGGUGUAAAAAGAAUGGGUUACUUACGAAAACUCAAGAAAAUGAAACGAAGAUUUUUUAUUCUUCACAUGGAAUCUAAUUACGGAGUUGCAAGAUUAGAAUAUUACGGUUCAGAAAAAAAGUGGAAAUUUGGUUGUACACCUAGAAGAUGCAUAGAACUAAAAUCUUGUUUGAACAUCAGUCAAAAGCCUCAUACUAAAAAUAAGAAUGCCAUUUUUAUUUACACAAAAAAUGAUUGUUUUUCAUUUAUUACUGACACUCCAGAAGAAUUGGAACUGUGGCUAAAUGAUUUAUUAGAAGUUCAGAGAAGUUAUAUGGAUGUUGAUGAUGGUUCUAGAGGGCAUCAUGUUUAUGAACAUUUGUGGCAAGUUGUGAUUGACAGACAUGAUUUGGAAUACGAUAGACUCUUAGUAGGACCUUAUAGAGUAGCACUUACCUCAAAGUCUUUGUUUUUAAUAAAAAUGAAUCCAGAAAAUGACAAUGAUUAUUUUGAAUUUCCACUUAUGAGCAUUCGGAGAUGUGGGCAUUCAAAGGACCAUUUUUUCAUUGAACUGGGCCGUUCUUCGGUUAUUGGUGCUGGUGAAAUUUAUAUGGCGACUGAAAAUACCAUCAUAGCUCAGAAUAUGCAUGAAACUGUUUUGAGUGCAAUGAAGUCUUCCAAGAUUCGAGAGGAUGGCAAUCCUUAUCCUCGACCACGCAGUGCCUCAACUAGUGAAAACUCCAACCCAGUUACCACUAGACGUCCAAUUGGAAUUGUAGCACCUCAGACAGUAUCAUCAUCUGCGAGCAGCAGUGGGCUUUCAAACAGUAGAGAGCGAUGUGAUAGUUUACCAACUAGGCCAAAGACUAUAACUGGAAAUCAACAUAAUUGUGUGCACAGUGCACUUUCUUCUCCUUAUACCACAAGUGGAGCUACUUGCAGAAGGCUUAGCUCUCGACCACAUUCUAUGUAUGAAUGGCCUUCCUGUAAUUCACCUUCUGCAAGAAACACUAACUUCAGCCCUAGCUCUUUGUCAAGUGGUACUGCAUGUAGUAGUAGUACUGAGGAAGUUGAUAAAUUAAGGCAGCCGUCAUUAAGUCACUAUCCGUAUUCACUUUCAAAUGAUGGAAAGUUAUCAUCAGACCGCCCGAUUACUGAAGUACCUGAUGAAUAUUUGAAGAUGUCUCUAAAUGAAGGUAACAAUAUUAAGAUAAAAUCUGUAGAUAUUGUUCCAAAAAGAAAUGAAUACAUGGAUAUGAGAGCUGCUUCACUUCCUAAGUCAGGUUCGGUCAAGCAACAUUGUAAUUAUAUUCCUGUGCCACAUGCUAGUUUUGCUUCUGGAGAAAGCUCUGUAUCGAGGGAUGGAUAUUUAGAUAUGUCUCCAUCAAAUUCUCUGUUAAAAGAUCCAAGUUCCAGUCAGAAAGCUGAUUGGGAUCAAAAGUCUUAUGGGUUGGAAAAGGUGCUAUCCUUUUUAAAAACCGAGGAAAAUGCUGAGAACAAUUCAGAUUGUGCUGUGAAAAAUAAAACAACUGUGAUGGUUAAGGACAAAGAAAGUAACUGUAAAACUGAGAAUGCUGUAGAAAAUGAUAAUAAUAAUUCCAGCUUACCCAUUUUUGAAAUGGAUCAAAUGAGUUUGAGCAAUAAAACAAAAAUUGUUGACACUAAACCUCCUCUGCCAGAAAGAACCUAUCGUAAAAGUGAACUAAAAAGUAAUGUUGGCCCUCCUUUACCAAUGCGGAAACCUCCGAAAUUUAUGCAGAAUGUUCAACAAAACAAUAACUAUUUGGAGAACAGAAAUGCUGAAUUGCAAAAUAAAGAUUUGCCUGAAAGCAUACAGAUUGACAACUGUGAUCUUGAAGAACAAGAUGUUUUCUACAAUAGCAUUCCGUGUCAAAUUAAAUCUGAUGCAGUCAGUUCUCCAGAUCAAAAUACAAAUUUUAGUUGCUUGAAUUCUGGUGAAAAAAGCAAUAAUAAUCAUUCAUUAUCUUGUGCACAGAUUUGUUCAGCAACUAAAAUUCCAUGUUAUACCAAGCAGAUGGCAUUUACUAAAACAGAUCAAGAAGAAAAUAAUUGUAAUUAUAUUGAAAAAGAUAAUACAAGUGCAUUUUUAGAUUCAAAAAAUGUUUGUGAUAAUUCAGAAGUAUUGUCAGAUAGUGAUAUUAAAAAUUUGGCAUCAAAAACAGAUCCGAAGACAAGUGAUACAAGCAAUAGCUUUUUGCCAGUACCAACAAAAACAAUUGACAAUGCAGAAGGUGAUUAUGUAAAUAUUGAGAUUCAGAAAAGUAGUGCUUCUGUUGCUGUUAAUCAGCUUUCAACAAGCUAUUAUGCAUCCAAACACAGUACUCUAUUGAUGCCAAGUUGCUCAGCUACAAAUGAUCCCAGCUACACUAAUGUCCAGUUUGGAAAACCUAUUUGUCCUACACCUAAACCGAUACCUGCCUCUUCCGAAGUGAUGUUUAGUGCAUUUAAUAAUUCUUUAAAGCCUGAUCGAAAUUUCAUGUUUUCUUGUAAUCCUGUUACUGAAGGCACUGGAGGACAUAAAGGAUUACGAUCCCCAACAAGUACUUUGAAUCCAAGUUCUGAUUCAUUAAAAUCUUCCCUUUUGGCGCCCAAAUUCAGAAACAUUCCGAACACCCUUCCAGCGUUCCGUAAGCAAAUGUCAGCCCCUGCUGCUCCUUUGUCUCUGAGACCAGAAUUACCUUCCCCUGGGAGGAAAAGUUCCUGCCCUGUCACGGGAUCUGCAAGCAUGAUACGACCUUCAGCACCAGGGAUUUCUGUUAGUCCCAUGCGAGGUCCAACCCUUCAGUCUCACGGAAUACCUACUCCUCAUCUGCGAGUAUCCACUUCAAGAUCUCCAGAUCAUAGCAGUGUAUCCAGUAUCUCAUCUGCUAGUGAUGAAAUAAGCUCAACUCAUAGUAGCCCGAAAACAUUAACAGCAUCUCAGAACUUUGAUGACCAGCAAAUUAUUUGUGAGGGCCAGUAUGAAAAUGUAGUGAUUCCACAGAGGUCAUCAACAAGCUCAAGACCUGCUUCUACGAGUAGUGAAGAAAAAGAACUUAAUUAUGCUAUGUUGGAUCUGGUGCCUGCGACAAGCGAUGAGUUACCACGCUCCCCUAUUGUACAGAAGCCACCAGUUCCUGAUGAUGAAAAAACUUUGACUUAUGCUGAAAUAGAUUUUACUAAAUCUGAAGGAUUGAAAAAUACUUCAGGAAUUGUGAGGGAUGGUCGCUUAUAGUGCAAUGUAUUUAUCUAGUCAGAGCUGUUGUUUCUCAAGUGUGAUUUAUUCAUACUUUGGCAUAUUAUUUGUUUUUACAAUUACCUUUAUUAUUGUUUUCUACAAUAUAUUGUUAUAUUUUUCAAGUUAUAGCAAAUUUCUUUCUUUAAAUGAGCCAGUAUAUUUUACUUUUCCAAACUCUCUUACCUAAACUAAAUACUUUUUGAAAGUGGAAAAAACACGGUCAAAUAUUUGUUCUCUUGUAUCUAAAAAAGGAGAUGGUGUUGAACAUUUGACAAUUAUUUUGCAUCGAAUUUAAAUCCACAAAAGCAUUAGCUACCUUAACAUCUAUUUACAGAUUACCAGAAAAACAGAACUGACAUGCACUAAGUUCUUGGUGUUACAUUGCAACCCAUUGUCAACAAGCUCAAUCUAUCAUCAAAAUCAAAACUGUAGGUAAAUAAUGGUGAAUGAUGAAGCGAAACUUGUUUAAAAUAGUCAUAUUUAAUCUAAACUUCAUAAAUUUUUAUUGAUUGUUAAAUGCCUCUAUUGAUUAGCUCAUUCAAAAUUGAUUGGCAUUUUUUUUUUUCUUAAAAAAAUGUAUGUAGUUAUAAUAAAAAAGGUCACAAAUUAAAAUACUUUUUGGUAAUAAUUGUUAUUAAUUUCCAUUUAGAGACAAAAAAAAAUCAUUUUGUCCGGAUCUGAAUCUUAUUUUUCAAACAAAAUAACUGUUCUUAAAAAAUGCUUGUUUGUAAAGAAAAACAAGAUAAUUUUUAGUUUUUAGAAUUUGCUUUAUUCCUAACAAAAUAACUAAUUAAUAAAUUAAAUAUUUUAUACUUUAUCAAAAUUGAAUGAUACUGAUUUCUUAAUCUUGUUAUUACA